CGGGGCGGGGCCGGGCUGGCGCUGCGCAGCCGCGGGGCGGCCGCCGCGCAUGCGGGGCUCACACGGCUGCAGCCGGCGCCGCUGCCACUCCCGGGAGCAUGAAGGACCGAACCCAGGAGCUCCGCACGGCCAAGGACAGCGAUGAUGACGACGAUGUCACUGUCACCGUGGACCGAGAUGGCUUCAUGGAUGAGUUCUUUGAACAGGUGGAGGAGAUCCGUGGCUUCAUUGACAAGAUCUCGGAGAACGUGGAGGAGGUGAAGCGGAAGCACAGUGCCAUCCUGGCCUCCCCCAACCCUGACGAGAAGACGAAGGAGGAACUGGAGGAGCUCAUGUCUGACAUCAAGAAGACAGCGAACAAAGUUCGCUCCAAGUUAAAGAGCAUUGAGCAGAGCAUCGAGCAGGAGGAAGGCCUCAACCGCUCAUCCGCAGACCUGAGGAUCCGAAAGACACAGCACUCCACGCUGUCCCGCAAGUUCGUGGAGGUCAUGUCCGAGUACAACGCCACGCAGUCCGACUACCGCGAGCGCUGCAAGGGCCGCAUCCAGAGGCAGCUGGAGAUCACUGGCCGGACCACGACCAGUGAGGAGCUGGAGGACAUGCUGGAGAGCGGAAACCCGGCCAUCUUUGCCUCCGGGAUCAUCAUGGACUCCAGCAUCUCAAAGCAGGCUCUGAGCGAGAUCGAGACGCGGCACAGUGAGAUCAUCAAGCUGGAGAACAGCAUCCGUGAGCUGCACGACAUGUUCAUGGACAUGGCCAUGCUUGUGGAGAGCCAGGGGGAGAUGAUUGACAGGAUUGAGUACAACGUGGAACAUUCGGUGGACUACGUGGAGAGAGCGGUGUCUGACACCAAGAAGGCCGUCAAGUACCAGAGCAAAGCACGCCGGAAGAAGAUCAUGAUCAUUAUCUGCUGCGUGGUCCUGGGCAUCGUCAUCGCCUCCACCUUCGGAGGCAUCUUCGGAUAGAAACCACCCCACCCGCCACCCUGCUCGGGAUGGUCUGCCCUCAGGAGGCCCCUUGGCUGCUGCUGCCUUCUGGCUCGGAGCCCCUUCCUCCCCGCCCCGUACUGCUCCUUUCUCUGCCACAGGGCCCUCCGUCCCCACCCCGAGCCGUCGUGUGCAUGAUCUCUGUGACCGUGUGUGUGUGUCUGUACGGGGAGCCAGUGGGGAGCCGGGCUGGGAAACAGCCAGUGGGGCGGGGCAGGUCAGCAAGGCACAGACUCAGGCCCUGGCCCAGGCCGCCUCACCCUUCCCAGGUAGCGCCACCCAGGGUAGCCAUAUCCCGCCCCCCACCCCCCAACUUCCCCUGCCUUCAUGAAUUCCACUCCAGCCUGGGGUCUGCCCUCUCCUGGGACCGAGGCUCGCUCUGGACCCCAACCUUGCCUCCUCCUGACUGGCCCAUCUGCCCUGACCUCUGUCCUCUCCAGCUGUCCCCCUAAGCCGAGCCCCCUGAGGGGUGGGGACCAGCUGGCCACAUGGUGCUGCUUUUCAGGUUAGGGGAGGGGUGGCCCUGAGAGACAGCCCAGCUCUAAGCCUCUAACAGCUGAUCACUGCCAGGGAGGCUCAGGGUGCUGUGGUCAGGUGGCUUCUGGCUGUGUCGAGACCAGGCUCCCUCCCCUGCCUAGGGGCAGAGUCCAGCAGGUCUCGGCUGCCUCAUCCUCCCUUCCCGCAAUCCUGCAACCCCAGGGGCAACCCCUUUGGGCUGUGCCUGACCCCAGGUAACAUUCCACAAGAGACUGUCCAGUGCCUGGUUUCCAGCCACCCUUCCAGCCAGGGAGGCAGAUCGGGCCCGUCAGUUCUCUGCCAUAAGCUGAAGCCUGCACCCUGGGCCAGCCACUCUCCCCGGCAGGCCUCAGUCAGGUCCUCAAGCCAUUGUGUUGCAUGUUUGGGACCGUGGUUCCUGCUCUCUCGUGCUCUGGGGAGUCAGGUGUCCCUUCAGGCCUGCAAUCGCGUCCUGCCCUUGCUGUUCCCCGGUGAUGUGCCACGUGGGUGUCUGGUGUCUAGGAUGCAGUAUUCAGCAGCCAGCCAGGGAGGAGUACCUCCCUCCUCCCCAUCUCGGGGCUUCUCAAGUCAGAAACGUGCCCCCACCCAAGCCCCCCUCUUCCUCGUUGACAGGCAGGGAGUGUGCAUGCGAGUGCAUGCAGUAGGGGAUGGGGCCGCAUCCGUGCCCCGCCUUCCCUCAGCUCUGCUCCUGCCCAGUGACUGUGACCACUGUCCGUGCUGCCUUCUUUAACAGCAACUUCCCUUCCUCCACCCCUUCACCAAAGGUCUUGGUACAACCAGCUGCCCCUUUUGUGAAAUUUUUAUGUAGAAUAAACAUUUGUAUCUGUA